ACAGCGAAAUCGUAAGUAGACAUUAGCGGGAAAAACCCUAAAGGACGAGAAUGGCUGUCGCGAGUCUAACGAAGGGAAUGGUAGUGUACAACAUAUACAGGGCAGUGACCUACGGUCUAUCACCGCUGUUGCACAUUCAUCUACAGUGGCGCAAGCUCCGCGGCCUCGAACACCCCACCCGCUGGCCUGAGCGCCUCGCUCGCCCGUCUCUCUCUCGCCCGGACGGUCCCCUCAUAUGGUUCCAUGCUGUCUCUCUAGGCGAGGGUUUGGCUGCGAUUCCUGUUAUCAGAAAGUGCGUUGAAUGGAGGCCUGAUUUGAACAUAUUGAUGACAACCACCACGGCAUCUGCAUUUGAAGUCAUAAAGAAUCGGCUUCCAAGUACUGUCAUAUACCAGUUUGCGCCACUGGACACCCCCACUGCCAUGGAUGCUUUCCUUGCGUAUUGGAAGCCAAGUGCAGUCAUAUUAGUGGAGAGUGAGCUGUGGCCAAAUCUUAUUCUUAGCGCUUCAGGAAUGGGUAUUGCGUUGGCAUUGUUAAAUGCCCGAGUGUCUGAGAGGUCCUUCAGGAAAUGGUCAGGGCCAGUUCUUCUUCCACUGAUUUCGUUAAUGCUAUCAAAAUUUUCUUUGAUAGUGCCGUUGAGCAAUGUGCAGGCAAUCCAUUUUCAGGUGCUGCAAGCCUCACCGUUCAUCAUUAAUUUUUCUGGUGACUUGAAGUAUGCUAUAAGAGAAUAUGGAGCUGCCGAGCCAGGGAUGCGAGGCGUUGAUAGUCUGAAGGCACAACUUGCCAACAAGAGGGUUUGGAUGGCUGCUUCUAUCCACAAGGGUGAAGAACAAGUAAUGCUAGAAAUCCACAAAAUGCUCAUGCAAUUGCACCAUGAUCUUCUCACCAUUAUCGUUCCUCGACACCCGCAGCAUGGACAAGAGAUUGCUCAAAAAUGGCGGGAGGAAGGGCAGAAAGUAGCAUUGAGAUCUCAACAUGAUAUGAUUGUAUCAGGAACAAAUAUAUAUGUGGUCGACACUUUAGGUGAAUUGAGAGACCUGUAUAAGUUAACACCAAUAGCUGUGAUUGGAGGUUCUUUCUAUGCUGGAUCAGCUGGUCACAACAUAUCAGAAGCUGCUGCAGCGGGCUGUGCUGUUUUGACUGGUUAUCAUGUGGGGCAUUUCUCACAUAUGUUGCAGGAAAUGCAACGAUUGAAUCCUUUGUCAGUUCUGCAGGUAUCAGGAAAAUCCGAACUUGAAGAAGCCAUGCUGGAGCUCUUCGCUGAUGCUGAAGUUCUGGAAGCACGUCGUAAAGCAGCAAAAGAAGCAGUUCAUUCUCUAUCAAAUGGUGUCAUUGCCAAUAUGUGGAAUUUAUUAAAUGUCCAUGUUUUCAGAAAGGCCUUGUCCUGUGAAGUAAAUGCUGGCAUUUAAAAAGAGUGAGAAUGAGACAUGCAAUUGCCUUCAGAAUUGAGAAAUUAGUGGGCAGACAAAAUUGCUUUCACUCAAUAACGGGACAAUCUGACCAAACAAGUUUUCAUAUUAGCUCUGCAUCAAUGUCACAAGUAGAUGAAGAAUUAUACCAGUCCAUAAAUCUUCAGACUGGUUCAAUUUCAGUUGCCUUUUACUUCAGAAUGUGAAGCUUGAGGGACUCAAACAUCACUUAAGUGGGAGAGUAUGGAUGUUGCAGGAGAUCCUGGCAGAUCCUCCCUGAUAUGCUGGUUUCGGGUUCCCCGGAUUACUCUGAGUCCUAUUGAUGUAUAAUCAUGGAUAAUGCGAGAAUGUUUUAGCUUGUUGCUUUGUUUGUAGUAGUUUGCCAGUUAUUAGUUUGUACGUUUUAUUGUUAGAGGGGCAGUCAAUACCUCAGAGCUUUAAUGAAGUGAUUUCUAUUUGCCCAAGUUCAACAUCUGCACAACUUGUUUAUUUCCAACCAUCACUGUGUGGCUAUGUGUCAUGCAUGUGUGCAUGUGAAUGUGGUGCAGUAUGGUGUGACAGUCUGUUAAAAUGAAAUCUUUCACCCUUUGUGAAAAAUCGGGUGGUUCAAGUAAUAUGCUCUUACACAAACCCUUUCCCAGUAUCCCCUACAAUAACGCUAAGUUCCUGGGAGGGACAUCAGGAUGCAAUUUCUUCUCACCUCCACAUAGCUUGUGCGAUACGUUGACUAUUUUCUGCUUCAAACUCUUUCCUAUGUUGCAUGUGGAAUGCUCUAUCUGGUCAGCCAUGAAGUGAGAUUUCAGAUACUAAUGUCAAGGGUUUGAGUAUUGAAGACUUGGAGCGGAUUUGGGUUGGAAUUUAUGAUCAAGGUUGUUAGUUUGGCAGCGUUUUCUGUGCUUGGAUAAAAUAGUUCCCAACACUUGGAGGUGCAUGGUGAAGAAAUAGCCAGCCAUCUUAUUUAUGUUUGGAAAUGCAUCGUCUUCUCUUCACGUGGUCUAACAUUGUAUUGCUCUGUCUUCUAGGAUUUGACACAUGCUCACAUGUGGAAUGCAUUGCUGAGUUUGAAAUUUGUGACAAGCAGCCUUUAGCGGUAUAUUUUGAAUGGUAAUUUCUCUGGUGUUAUUUAGUUUGUACCAUAAACUGCUGAUGCUCUGAUAGAAACUGGAACUGCCAUGACUCUGUUGGGUAGGUGCAUUGAUUGAAUAUAUGUGUAUCACUUGCUAUGGAAAUAAUUCUCAAAUCCUCAACAGAUGAUUCCACGAAUCCCUUGGUCGAUUAAUCUACACCUCAGCAGCAGUGCUGGAAUUGAAAUUGAAAAAAAAAAAAAAACACA